GAAACGAAAAAAUCCGACCAGACAGGCAAGCAGCUAGACAUCUAGUUAAGGCAUAGUCCAAGGUUCCAAUUCCAAAAUAGAAAACCUCGAAUUCCAAACAACGUAGCUAUCUCCGAGGUUGAGCAGCCAAGGAUUUCAAAGGGACAGCCAUGGCGACUCCAAACCCUAUAGCAGGAUCUGGAACCAACCCUCCAAAGAUAAUCUGGAAUGAAGCCCAACGGAGGUUCGAAACAGAGGACAAGAAGGCAUAUCUUCAGUACGUCAUCAAAAACCAAGGUAAAGUCAUUGAUAUGAUUCACACUUUCGUUCCUUCUUCCAAAAGGGGUUUGGGAUUGGCUUCUCAUCUCUGCGCCGCCGCCUUCAAUCACGCCGCCGCUCAUUCCUUGGCCGUCGUUCCCUCUUGUUCUUACAUUUCCGACACCUUUCUCCCGAGGAAUCCAACUUGGAACCAUCUUUUAUACUCUGAAGACAAGACAUCGAACCUGUUGUGAAACAACGGAGUGUCGAGUGGAGAAGUCCGACGUAAGUGGAACGGAGCGCCGAGCGGAGAGAUAAUUGGGAACGACGUCCGAGGAGAAACAUAGAGACGAGAUCAAGCGGAGAAAUGGGAAAUGAGAAGAGAGUCCAACGGAGAAAUAAAGAGGCGAGUGACGUCAACGUUGGGAGAAACGUAGAGGCGAAACGAAGUCAAAGACGAACGUUGCGUGAGACUACAAGACAAAGUCUCGGGCUCACGGUCAAAGAGCAGGGAGAGUUAGUGAGUGUAGACUCGCCUGGGACAGGGGCAGAUGUAAACGAUGAUUCAUGGGCUUUGGCGAUGUGGACUUGGGUCUAUUUUAUUUAAGGUUUUUGGGUCGGGUUGGGUUGGGUUGACCCAGUAAUUUGAAUUUCGAACUCGAACCUAACCCGAACUGGACCAGGUUCCAAAAAACGAACCCAACCUCAAGCUUUUUCCGAUC